UACAUAUUAUACAAAAUCUCUCCCACAAUGGAAUUAUUUGAAGACGGUGAUUCAUCGGAACAACUCUCCAAGCCCUUCAAGAAACAGAAAUGUCUAUCUCAUGAGAUUUACAUCCCUGCUCCCUUGCUUGCCAAAAUAGCAAGUCUUGUUGCCGAAGAGGGCGUAGGAGAGCUUAAAAACUGGAUUCUGGCUGGUCGUGAAGGCGUGGAGGCUGCUUUGUCAUACGAAACACUAAGUCGGGUCCGUCUUGACAAGUCCCCACAUUUUAUUUGGUGGUCCAUGCCUCACUCAACAUACUACGCCUUCUUCCAGAAAUGUCUAUCUCAAAAAAACAAGUAUGCCAUGUUUGCUGAGAUGAGUAAAGGGUUGGCCUACGAAUCUUUGGUUAACUCUUGCUAUAGGAGGGGCCACUGGGCGUUGGCAUACAAACACUUCGUACCAACGCGUGUUGACUUCGGGGGACAACAGUCUGUUGGGUACUUGUACCAACCGCCGACAAUGCAUAGAGUCAUUGGCCAGCCAAGGUGCGGCCGUUGCACCCGUCCAGGUCACACCAAUCGCCAAUGCCGAUACCGUUUUCAACCGUAAUUUAACGUAAUAUGCGAUGAUGGGUUAAGCUUAAUUACUCAUCUACUAAGCUUUAUUAUGUACUUUGACGCCAACAUCCUUUUAAUAUCGUAUCUUUUGGUUCAUGUGGUUCAUUGCGUGUCUUGCAUUAGCUUUUAUUCAAGAGGUUUAUGUAUACUUUAAGACCAUACAGCAAUGCAAUUU